AUUUGUCAUACGCGCAGCUGUUUCUUUGCUUCCUUUGGCAGGUUGUAGUGAAGUGUAUUUUGUGAUGGAACGCUUAAUAUCUCUAAUAAAGAAAUUAUUUUCUUUUAAUAUCUUAUAGUCCCGAAGAGAGCGUUACGUCUAGAAACGUGCCUGAAAUUCCUUGUGAUGUCACGCAUCUGGGUUUUGACCAGCAAAAGUUCUGUAAAAGGUCUAAUUUCCCCCUAUGUUUCUAUAUUUGAUAUUUUAUGACCUUUCCUUAAAAUCGAUCUUUCUACUACUUCCAAAUGAUUUAUAUGAGGCAAAUAGCAAUUUUUUCUUUGUUUGCCACGUUAUUUAUAUGGUUUUCAAAGUUCAUUUUUCUGUCCAACGUUACUUAUUUCCAAUUAGUUUUUUGAAAAUACUAUAUAUUCCCACCUACAGGUGUUUUUUUAUUAUUUUUUAAGUAAUUUAUUUCUAAAAGAUGUUGCUAAAAAUGCAAUAUCGUACGCAAAAAGCGUCAGUUUUGUAUUAUUAUAAUAUUGCUCUGUUUUAUCCCCUCCUCUACGAUCUUUUUGACUGAUAUUUUGUUAUUACACUUUGCUGUAAUGGUUCCACCUUUUAAGUGGUUUUGAAAAAUUUUGAAUGAAAAUAAAUUUAGUUGUAGUAUCAAUUGCAAUUAUUACAGGAUAGUGAUUUACAUUAAUUGAGAUGAAGCUUACAAAUCUAAAUUUUUGAAAUCCGUUCUAUUUCUCGUCCUUUUAAAACUAUUUUUUUAUCUGACACUGUCGGUGGUUGUCUGUUGCGUCCCAAGUCGGUAUAAAUUGUAUUUCGCUUUAUGCUAAGGUCAUAUUUUUAUAAAAUUGUUUAAAUUCGACAAAUUUGUAUUUUUGUAAUUUUUUGUUUUCGAAUGUUAAUAAGCUUUAAAAUUGUAUGGUUUUCCCAUCUUUAAUUACGUACUGUAGCAAAAUGCGAUUAAAAUUACUAUACCUACUGUUAAAGGUUUCCAUAAAAUUAUGUUUAGAAAAUUACUAUAAUUAUAUUGAGUUUCUUUUUCGCGGUAAUCUUUUAACGACAAAUGCUCACGUAAAUUGAGCGAUUAUUUAUUAAGACAUUGAUAGCUUAAUCAAUGUUCCAUUAGAUAUCACUUUUAACAUUUACCAGCAGCGAGACACGUAAUGUUCAGUUCCACUGGAAAAUAAUACCGACGAUCCUGUUAAACCGCAAAACGGAACUUCCUUAGUAGCCUCGCGUUGUUGCGUCGACGUGAUCAAAUAUCUAACAAUUGAUUAAUUCGGUUUCGUAAAGUCAUAUUCUUGGCGAACCACUAUGGAAAUAAUCUUCAACAUGUUACUGGUGCUGGCCAGAAUCAUGCAUUUUCUCACGUGUCCAAUUUUUACUUUAAUAUGUAGGGGUAAAAUGGAAGUAGUGCCUCCGGUAAGAGAUCCGCUCCUCAAACUUCCUGCCAUCGAGUUGGCUCGAAGGAUAAGGUCUAAGGAGGUACGUUACAUUUAGAGUUGCCCAGUGUUGACGUUCCAGAUUUCCAGCGAGGAACUAUGCAAAGCGUACAUUCGCAGGAUCAGAGAGGUUAACCCCAUUAUAAACGCGAUUGUGCAGGACCGGCUCGAGGAGGCAAUUAAAGACGCAAAAGCGGUAGAUGAAUAUUUAAAAACGACAUCUCUGUCAGAGUUGGAGAUCGAAAAGAUCAAACCUUUACUCGGGGUACCGAUGACUAUAAAAGAAAGCUGUUCUGUGAAGGGGAUGAGUACCAGCAUCGGAGUUGUAAGUAGAGCCGGCAUGAAAGCGGAAAGGGAUUGCGAAGAUCGUCGGGUGCCAUCUUGCUUUUGAUGUCCACCACACCAGAGUUCUGUCUCAGCUGGGAAACGUACAAUUUAAUUACGGGAUGUACUAGAAACCCGUACGACAGCACACGCACAAGCGCCGGCUCCAGUGGCGGGGAAAUUGAAGAGCAGGGGGACAGAAUGCAGCCCUGACGCACUCCACGCUUGAUUUCGAUAUCAUCUGAAAAUUGGUUUGCCAUUUUCACUGUUCCUGUUGGUUCCAAUACAGCUUUAUUCCAGGGCGCUUUGCUAAGAUCGGGAGCCUCUGUGAUCGGUCUUGGAUCGGAUAUUGCAGGGUCCAUCAGACUUCCCGCCAUAUUUAAUGGAGUUUUCGGACAUAAACCACCGCCCCAAGUUACGAGUAUUAAAGAUCACUAUCCCGGCUGCAGCGACGAUACAGUACUGUCUUUAUCUAGUCACAGGUCCGAUGGCGCGUUAUUCUUGCGACCUCAAAUUUAUUUUAAAGAUCUUGGUGGGUAAUAAGAUGCGUUCGGAGUUGAAACUAGAUGAACCGGUAAACUUAAGGGACUUGAAAGUAUUUUACAUGGUGGACUUUGGAAGUGGACUAACUCAACUUCCAGUAGAGAGCAGUAUUAAGAACGCCAUCAAGGGGGCGGUCAAGCAUCUGACCACCACAUGCGGCGCUACGCUCGACGAAUACAAAUUCUGGCACUUCAAAGACGCCAUCACGGUCUGCGUGUCCACCGUAUCAAAUAUGCGGGACGUGCCUAAUUCGCUAAAAAUAGCGAAAGCGAAUCUCGUCGUGGAAUUAAUCGAGUCGAUCUGCGGACUCUCCAAGUUUAGUCUCAACAUAAUGUUUUUCAAUUGUCUGCGCAUAUUGUGCAAGUACGUGGUCUCGGAUUACGUAGUGAAACAUGAAAUGUGGUAAACAGCUAGCGCGGAAAAACUUGGUGAAAAUGGUGUGCUCAUACUACCUUCGUUCGUGGGACCUCCCCAAAGACAAUCAAUUCUAUUUUAAACCGGCCUUUGGAUAUCUUAUCAUAGCCAACGCCCUUGGAUUACCUGCGUAUACCGUGCGGACUCGACUACCGUGACAUGCCGAUUGGAUUUCAGGUGAAUCUAAAACGGAAGGACAUCCUUGUUUGCAUAUUAUCGAAGGUAUUUUGGUAGGUCGCGGCAGCCCCUGGACAAGACAGGUGAUGUCUAGCGGUGGCGGAAGAAUUGGAGCGAUACUUCGGAGGGUGAGUACCUCCUAACGAACUAACCAUCAAAGAUUUUGGAGCGGACAAGUCUAAGCAGUGCAAGUUUUUUCUUUCAUUUAAAUUAUAAUCCAAUUUGAGAAAUUCUACAAGCUCAGCUUGUUUUCGUUAAAGUAUAGGAUUAUAAGGGUGGAAAAGGCUUCAGUGUGGGCGAUCUGUACAUUACCCGCUAUUCGUAGUUUGGAACAGUUUUUUCUUUUUGACAAUGCCUUUCAUUUUAGUAAUUGGUAAAGAACAGUAUAUCUUUUCACGAAGCUCGAUCAUUUUCAUGAUUUAAUUAUUAUUAUAUGCUAUUUUCUAUUAACUAGUGUUAUUAUUAUUAUGUGUCUAAUUAAAGUUUACGAUAAUUUAUUGUCUUCAACUCUAGAUUGUUAUUUAUUGGAAUUUAUGUAUCAAUUAUCAUUUGAGAACUUCACAAAAGAAUGCUGCAAACGCUUACAAACUGCAUAUCAAAAUCAACAAGUUUAAAAUAAAUUCUGAGUAAGUCUAAACAAAUUUGUUUUUCCACAAAUAUUUACCUUGGCUUGUAAGAAUUCAAAAGUACGAAAUAAACAAACCCCGUUUUUCGUUACCUGUAACUCUUCGUACUGUUAAGAGUUUUCUAUCCAGGAUUCGACAAAGUGUUAGCUAUAGAUAUAUAUUUCAUCGUUAAAAUAAAACGAACCAUAUAUUUAGUAUUCUCCCCAGCUUCUCCGGGAGCUUCAUUCAAUAAUUUCUUGUACAGUGUACCUGACAAUAACCCAAAUAACUUUUCCAGUAAUAAGAUUUUCCCUAAGUCAGUCCCUAAGGUGCAUACAUAUUUAUAUCCUUUAAAAAAAGCUUCAAACCAAAAUUUUAAAAGACAAUAAAUGUUAGGCAAACCACUCACUCGUCUCAGAUGUCAUAUUGCUGACAGGUAAAGACCUGAGCUACGGUUAAGAUUGUUAGAUUGUUUAUAGAUAGAUUCUCGGAUUUUUCUUUGGUAGAAGAAUGGAUUAUAUGCAAGAAUUUUAGUUUUAUCGAAUAAUAUGUCCGGUUUCGAGAUUGUGGUCUUUGAAUCUAGUUGAGCCUAGCUUCUUUAGGCUCAACUAGGUUCAAAGAACAUGAAAGACUAAGACAGGAUGAUUGGCGAAACGUCAGCAAGUUCGACGCAGGACGAAUCCAGAAGUUAUGUAAAAAGUAAAAGCACGUACCUUCGAAUUGAUAAUUAACAAUUCACAUUAAAAAGAAGCCACCGUGUAAACUACUGAUUUUCUACCACGACAA